AGGACAGUAGACAAUAACAGAGCCCAACCUCCGACAGUUGACGCAACACUAAUGACAAGUCAACAUUUUCCAACUCUAUUCAUUAGGAUUCUAUACACCAACCAAACCAAACCAAAACAAAAUCAAAAUCCCAUUGUGAGGUUUCAAAUCUACAAGAAAGAACUGGAAAAUGGCAGGUAUAGGCGACGGAAUAGCAGGAGGAGUAGUGUCAAAUACAGCUGCAAAAGCCUUAGAAUUGUUAGCAAGAUUAGCUUAUCAUGAAGCUUCCUCUUGGUGGGAAGCAAGAUACGAGUUAAAGAAGCUUGAAGACACCAUUAAAAUGAUUAAAGCUCGACUUAACGAUGCCGAGAGACGCCAAGAAGAUAACGACGGUGAUAUGAUCAAGAGAUGGUUAGUUAGACUCAGACAUGCCCUUUACAGAGCGGAUGAUUUAGUUGAUGGGGUUCUUACUGUCGACAAGCGUAAUCAGCAUAAACAACUGAGUAUCUUCGAUAGAGUAAGCCUCUUUUUCUCGAAAUCAGGCCCUUUUUAUUCUAGAAUUGAAUUGGCUAAAAGAAUUAAGUCUAUUAGAAAAGAAAUUUGUGGUAUUAAGUCUGAUAUGGAUGGUUUGAAUUUGAAUAUUAGGGUUGUUGUUGAUGAAUUUGAACUUCCUGUUGCUCAUUUGUUGAAGAAUAGGGAAACUGCCUCUUUUUUUCUGGGUCAUGAGUUUGUGGGUAGGAUUGAUGAUAAGAACAAGAUUAUUGAGAUGUUGAUUGCGUCUGAUUCGGUAAUGGGUUGUGUUUCUGUUAUUGCAAUUGUAGGGUUUGGGGGUAUUGGGAAAACUACUCUUGCUCAAUUGAUUUUUAAUGAUGAUAAGAUUAAGGAACAUUUUGAUCUUACUAAAUGGGCUUGUGUGCCUGAGUUUAAUAACCAUAAAGAAAUUGUUGGAAAGAUUUUCAAUUCAUUUACCGGUAAGGGUUAUCAUAAAUUGCCUUUGCAAAAGUUAAAAUCGGGAAUUGUGGAGUCGAUUGAAAAGAAGAGAUAUUUGCUUGUUUUGGAUGAUGUAUGGGAUGAAAGUCGCGAUCAUUGGCUUUGUUUGAUGAGUUUGCUACAAUGCGGUGCAAGCGGAAGCAAGAUUCUUUUGACAACGCGCUCUGAUGUGGUAGCUGAAGUCGUUGGUGACAAUUCGAAAGCGUAUAGAUUAGGACUUUUGGAAGACGAGGAGGCUUGGAUGCUUUUCAAAAGUUUAGCGUGUAGACCAGGGCAAGAAGAGAGUGAUCCUCGUUUGAGUAGUAUCGGGAGAGAUAUUGUGAAAAAAUGUGGAAAUGUUCCUCUUGCUAUUCGGGUUUGUGGAACCACCCUUUACUCUAAGAAGAGUGAAAAGGAGUGGCAACUUUUUCGAGAUGCUCAAAUUUCUAAGGCGAAUUCGGCACAUAGCAAUAGCAUCAUGCCGGAGUUGAAGUUAAGCUAUGAUUACUUACCCCCCGCUCUAAAGCAAUGUUUUGCUUAUUGUUCCUUGUUCCCGGAAGAUUACAAGUUUAGCAAGGAUGAAUUAGUUCAUUUAUGGAUGGCUCAAGGUUAUCUUGAUCAAAUUCCGCUGAAUGAAUCUUGUAUUCAUGAGGAAGUUGGGCAUCAGUAUUUUCUCGAGUUAUUAAGGAAGAACCUUUUUCAGGAUGCCGAGGAGGAUGACUCACUGAAUGACAACAUCUACUGCAAAAUGCACGAUUUAGUGCAUCAAUUGGCUCAACAUGUAUCCAAUGACGAGAGCAUUUUAAUUGAUCGGACUGAACUUCAGUUUACGGAUGAGAUUAUGCAUGCAUCAAUUAGCUCGACCAGUGAAGAGUCAUGGAAAGAACUUCAGAAAGUCUUUCCAUCUUUGCUUGCUGCGAGCAAAUUGCGAUCACUGCUAUUUACAGUGCAAGAUGUAGGAGUACAUCAUUUUGACUGGAAAAACUUGGGAUUUUAUAGCUUACGUUCCUUGGACUUGAAAAAUAUGGAGAUACACUGCGUCCCUGAUUUUAUCGAGGAAUUAAAACACCUAAGAUACCUUAAUCUUGCAGGAAACCGCUUCAAAUCCCUUCCGGACGCCUUAACAAGGUUAGUGAAUCUCCAAACACUAAACCUUGAUGAAUGCGGAAGUCUUCAAGAGUUACCAAGAGGUUUUACUACAUUGGAAAAACUCAGACACUUGAGGAUGAAGGAAUGUCCGAUUGAGGAUAUGCCUCUAGGCUUCGAGUUAAUGAAGUCUCUUUGCGAGUUGAAUUUGUUCGUGGUGGGUAACACUACUGGAAUAGCUCAUCUGCCCGGCUUGCAUCUUAGAGGAGAAUUGGCCAUUCGAUUCUUGAGAUGGCAUAGUGAUGCAACGUCCGCAACAAGGAAGGUGUCGUUAAAGGAUAAUAAGCAAUUGACUCGUCUUUCAUUACAUUUUAAUUUUCGAGAUGAAGUUUUUCCUGCUGAUUUUGACGAUUUGUUGGGUGCCUUACAUUUACCUCAAAACCUUAGAUAUUUAGCUGUUUCAGAUUUUUCAGGAGAGAAAUUUCCACUAUGGACGGUAAUUGAAAUGAAUAAACUUGUUCAGGUUAACAUUCAAGAUUGUGGCAAUUGUCGAGUUCUCCCAUUCUUCAGUCGGCUACCUCAUCUUAAGUAUCUCGAUCUUCAAUUUUUGGAUGUUCUGGAGUACACAGAAGACGGUGCAGGUUUUACUGAUUUUUUCCCGGCUUUGGAGUCCUUGCAAAUAAGCUAUAUGAAAGAACUCAAGGAUUGGUUUAGAGUGGAUAAUGGGCAUGAGAACAAAUAUUUCCCUCGUCUUUCUCGCUUAGUUAUAAAGGCAUGUCCGAAAUUGCUGUCCAUGCCUCGAGCCCCAAGACUGGAGGCGUUGGAGGUUGAUGAAAUCAACGGGAAGCUGCUGAAAUUCCUUCUGAAUUCACAUAAUCUUCGUGAUGCAGAACCUUCAGUUGUAUACGACAGUGUUUCUUGCCUAACCGCACUUGAGAGCCUUAAGAUCCACAACCUUGAGAAUUUGACAGCAUUGCCAGAGCAGAUUGGAAAUCUUUCCGAACUUCGCGUUCUUACAAUUAAAAAAUGUCCAAAGUUGGUAUCAUUUCCUCAAUCAUUCCAAAGCCUUACUUCCUUGCAACAACUAUGGAUUGAAGAAUGUCCGGAUUUAGAGCAAAGAUAUCAGCAACCAGAUGGUGAAGAUUGGCCCGUUAUUCAACACAUCCCCGGUUUGUAUUUCGUUUAAGGAGUGCAUCCCAGCUUUUCUUUUAAUUCAUUAAAACUUCAUUAUUUCUAUUACAAUUAUUAUGAAUAAUGCUAAGGAGUGGAAGCGAUGAGCUAAAAGCGAUUGAGUUGAAGAUAUAAACCUCCUGUGAGCUGCAGCAUAUUUGGCUCCUUCGAGCAUCUUUGUGGCUCGUCCGAUCAGCCUUCCCCUGCAUAUUUUUGAACCAUUCGCUUCUGCGCAAUGCACUCUGUCGCUUGCGUCUCUAUGCAUAGCAAAUUUAACCCAUCAUUUAUGCUCAAUUGUCCCAUGAACAUUCCACCUCAACCAAUGUUCACUUUGGCGUAUUUUUUUCAAUUUGAUGUUCUCCAAGCUUUUGUUGUUUGGUCCUAGCUGAUUGACCAGAAAACAGAAACUUAAUGAACUAAGUACCGAUUUUGAUAAUUUUGUUUAUGUCAAGUUCUAUUGUUGUCAUGCGGUUUUUAGAACGUUCCCAAUGUCAAAUGCAUUGAUCUCUGAAAAAUCAUUGAACAAAGCCCACGGAUGUAAUUGUAACACUCCCUAUAUGUAUUCACUUUGGUGUUUGGCAAACGGCUGAUAGCUGAUUAUAGUGAAUGAUUUUAUUAACUAGUUUGACCAA